UAUUAAUCUGUAAUUGUGUAGUCACAGAAACUUGCCUAUACAUAUAAAUUAAUGUUUUUAUCACAACACCAUUCAGUGAUUGGUUUACCACUAAUUUAUAGCCCAUGCAUUGUGCACCUGGUGACCUGUUAAUAAAAGAACCGGUGCUGAAGUGAACAUCAAGCAAUAUGAAGUGGGUCAGACAAAAAGUAAAUUAAAACUUGCUGUAGAGGUGAGAAAAAUAAAUGUAUAUAUAUAUUUUUUUUAAUUACCCACAUUGUUACACAGCAGUACAGUUCAGUUAAUCCAGAAUCCUGCCUAGUAUUAAUACAUCUUCAAAUAGCAAAAAUAUUCCCACAAUACUUUCUCUGAACUCUCUGAGACAAAUUCAUUUUACAUAGCAAUUAAAGGUCAAAGUGUUAAACAUAAAGUUUAUUCUAAAUGACAAUCCAUAAUCCACAAAUUUAAUUUAGUUUUGUCUAAGAGGAGUGACUAUGCAGCAUGUUAAAAAACAUAUUUAAAUUCCUUUUAUGCCGUUCAUGCCCAAAGAUGCCUAUCAAGAGAUCUAUUUCAAAAAACAAAUUGUGGUGUGUGGCUCACACGGUGAAAAUAAAACUAUACAAACAUAGUUUUAUGGCCCUUGAACAGUACAGUAUAUGUUUCAUAAACAUUAUUACCUACACCACCUACCUACCCAUCAGGUGUAAACUCAUGUGCUAGUAAUAAUCAAGUUAACAAAUGUUCUCAGAAAAAAGGGAAAAAAAAGACAGAAACGUUUAAAGAAAAAAAGAUUUGCCUAAUGAAAUCAUCCUUAGCCCUAAACUACUUUGCAUCGCUGAAAUCAAAAGUUACUGAUGCUUGUUCAGUGUAUUUUGGGGGGAUCCAAGCCUUGCCUAAUUUGAUGUAAAUAAAGUAAACAUAAACAAAAUGUAUAUCUUACCAGUGAUAUCCUAUUUCAGCCAAGAUGACGAAAAGUAAAAUCAGACAAUAUUAUUCGUUAAACAGAACAGAUAAGAACAUUUGAAGUACCUAUCUCCAUGGUGAUUAGCCUUUAUUGUAUCUCACUAGGGUUAGUAUACCUGCCCAGAUUUUUUAAUGCCCAGUUUGUUUUUCAUGUGGAGCCAUAGCUUACUCCUGUACACUAGGUGGGGCACUAAGCACGAAAAAUACUUGAACUCCUCCUCAGCCCCCACCCGGUGACGCAAAUCGUGUUAGCUCCAAAUGCUAACACCUGAAUGAUAUCUACGCGUAUUGGUGCUGUAAAGAACUACUGGCCACAAGUAAAUAAUCGUUGGCUUCUUAUCAAGAAUAAUUAGAUCCUGAAAAUGGGAGAUCCUGCUCUCCACAGGGACUGUCCCCUUGAUUGCAAGGUUUAUGUUGGAAAUUUGGGAAACAAUGGAAACAAGACUGAACUUGAGAGAGCGUUUGGGUACUAUGGUCCUCUGAGAAGUGUGUGGGUCGCCAGGAAUCCACCUGGCUUUGCUUUUGUAGAGUUUGAAGAUCCCAGAGAUGCUUCUGAUGCUGUGAGGGAACUGGAUGGGAGGACCAUGUGUGGCUGUCGUGUGCGUGUAGAAUUGUCUACCGGAGAGAAGCGUUCGAGGAGUCGUGCCCCACCACCGUCAUGGGGCAGGCGGCCUCGGGAUGACUUCAGGAGGCGGAGUCCUCCAGUCAGGCGUCGAUCACCGAGGAGGAGGAGCGGCAGUCGUAGCCGUAGCCGGUCUCUGUCAAGGGAAAGGCGCAGAUAUCGUUCUUUGUCCAGGGAAAAGCCCCGCAAGCGCUCAAGGUCUCUCUCUAGGUCCAGGAGUCGUUCCAGGUCUUUUGAGAGGAAAUGAAGAUGUGAGCUAUCUGCUGGAUUGUGCUAUGGUCAAAAAAGACAUUUCAGUUGGUAUUUUAAUUUUCUUCACUUUUUAAACAACACAGUGUUGUUCAUAACAUACAAUCCCCUAACUUCACAAAAAAGAAAGACUUUUGUGUGUCAGACAGUGCAUGCUGUGACCUAGAUACUAUUUUACAUAUUUUUAACUGUUCAUUAAAGUUUUUGUAAAGUUUGGAUUUUAUGUUGCUUUGCUCAUGUUCACUCCUGUUACUGGCUGUUGGUUUAGAUAAAGAUGUCCGGACAUUCUGUACAUUUAUGGUCUGUUGUUUUAUAGGUUUCUCAGAAACACUUUUAUCCACAUUAUGUACAUUUUCAAAAUGAUGGUUAGAGAAUCGAAUCCCAUGUAGCCACUUUGUCAAUAAAUGGCUUUCAAAUGUG